AAAUUGUUAAAUCUAUGCCUACAUAAAAUAAAAACCUUUUUCUUUCAAAUUUUAUUUUAUCAAUCAAUACCAAUUCUUAUUUUUGCUUGCAUUGCUAAAAUUAUCGCAAGUUUCAAUGACUUCCUUUUGUUUGUCAGAUAUUUAGUAGUAGUGAAAAAGAAAAGGAAUGAAAUGUGCGCAUGCGUCUGACUAUUUUCGGCCAUAUUGUUAUGACGCAUUCAAGAUCAUAGGUCUCCGCCAGUGACGAGUCUUCUCGCAGUUGACGUGGCUACUACGUACCAUCCCGUUCGCCCACUCCGGACGCAGCAUAGACGGUGACGAGGAAUACGUAACUGUGAAGACUUCCACUGCACAUUACCUAAUAAGUGGGAAAGCAAGGAAUACAUGGAGAUGACCUUGAACGUUUUAGGUGACCUAAGUGGUUAUGGACGGAAUGGUGGAGGAGAAUGGCACUUCUGGUGGAGCGGGUGCUUCUGAUCCGCUGGCUGGUGCAGGGUCAUCUGCCGCCGCCACUCAACACGUUGUCGCGGUCACCAGUAUCGUCCAGCUCACACUGCCUACACAGGCCCCCUCUGCACAGGUCCAAAGUGUGAUUCAACCAAACCAGCAGUCAGUCAUUCAGACGGCAUCUAAUUUACAAUCUGUUCAGUUGCCAAAAGGGAAUGUCAUACUUGUGAGCAAACCUAACUCUGUCAUACAUACCACUCAAGGAUCUUUGCAAACAUUGCAGAUAAAACCAGAGCCGAAUACAGUAAUUGGAACACAAGGCCAGUCAUGUAGUGAUGACAGUUGCAGCGAUGAUGAAAGUCCAAAGCGGAAAUACAGAGAGAUGUUGAGCCGACGUCCAUCUUAUAGAAAAAUUCUAAAUGAUCUAGGAGGUGCUGAAAUUGCAGAAAAUCGCAUGGGAUCUAAACCAGGAUGUGAGAACGAAGUGUCGCUGUCAUCUUCUUUGUCAUUUGCACCAGUGAUUCCAGCCGGAGCUCUGCAAGGAGAGAGCGGUCUGCACACGCUGGCUGUGUCGGGAGCGGCAGGGGGAGGGGCUAUUGUACAAUACGCAAACCAAGAUGCGCAGUUCUAUGUGCCCGGUCCAAUUCUAGAAGAUCAAACACGAAAACGUGAAUUACGAUUGCUCAAGAACCGUGAAGCUGCGAGAGAAUGCCGGCGUAAAAAGAAGGAAUACAUAAAAUGUCUCGAAAACAGGGUUGCCGUGCUUGAAAAUCAGAAUAAAGCACUGAUAGAGGAACUUAAAUCUCUGAAAGAACUGUAUUGCCAACAAAAGACAGAAUGAGGCCCAGCCGGCUAACCGGGUGUGCCACCGCCCUGCCGGUGAGAGCUUUUGAGGCACACAUUGUCACUUUGUGCUCGCGUGUUGCUUUGGACGGGACUAGGUGCCGUUUUCGGUGUCCUGAACUCCCGACUGUGGACUUGAUUGUCUUUUUGAAUCAGGAUUCUAACUUAUCCUGACUAAUUCACAGAUUACCAUUUUAAUAUCAGGUGAAUGUAAGUACUGUUAGAUUCUUUUAAUAUGUUGAAUUGUUAAUACUAUCUGUUUUACUAUUUCUGUUCUGUUAUUGUUUUGAUAUCAAUUUCUAUGAAUUUAUUUAGACACACUAGAAAUAUCAACUAGGUCCUGUUUACCAUACUGUAUUUUUCAAACGGUUUGUAAUAAAUAAUAAAUGAUUUUCUUAGUAACAAAAUAUAAUCGACCAUUCCACUUGAUGCAACUGGCUGGUGUUAGACUAGAAUCUUUUGUGCCAUUUUAAAAUUUUAUAGAAAAAAUUGCUAACAUUAUUUUAAACUAUCAUCAGUAAACUAUAUUAAAAUAUUUUACCUUAUCAAACUACCUUUUGCCAUUAUCGUAGAUACCUUGUUUCUUUUAAUUUAUUUCUCUUGAGACUUUUUUACUUUAUUUCGUUCAUAUUUACAGUUGUAUCAUGAAUGAUGAUUUAACUUUGUUUAUAAUAAACAGGAUUCAUUAUUUUUUAAAGCAUGUGUGUCUGUGAUUAAAAGAUAUUGAUGAAAUUUUCCUCUAUGAUAUAAUAAUUACUAUUAUAUAAAUAAACUGUUGUUAAUUAUUUUCAACACCUACUUGGUGUUUGUGGAUAAGCCAAAGUUAAUAUUUAGUUUUAUUGUGCAAUAGCCAUAUUGCAAUGUACAGGUUAAUCUCUUUCUCUUCAAAUGAAAUAUAUAUCUCAGAAGAAAAAUAAAAAAAUGUAAAUUAUGUAUAAAUUUUAUUAAGAAUGUAAAAAAAUAUUAUGUAUAUUGAAAAAUGUGUAUAUAUACAUUUAUGUGGACGAGGAGGAAUGGUCGAUGUUGCAUAUCAUCACAUAAAAUGUUUUUAAUUGCAUUUUAAGCUAAUCACUAUUUUAGGGAAUGUUGAUUGCGGUUUUAUGAUUCAACAGACACCAUUCUUUCAUUAGUUUCACAAAAUAUGUUUUUUUUGUGAAAGGGUAAUUUUAAUUGACUAUCAAGAGUAAAUAUUAGAUUUUAAUAGAUGGUUUUUGCCAUGAUUGAAACUGUUAUUUGUUUACAGAGCUUCAAAGUAUUUUUUAAUUGGUACAUUAUGUACAGUUUUAUUAUACCAUAAUUAUUUUGUGUAAUUAAGAAGGAAAUGUAAUCAAUCAUGGCAAAUCAUAUUUAAGGUUAAUUAUAGACAUUGUGCAAAGUGCCUUUAAAUUUAGAAUGAGUAAAAUUUAUACCAAGAUAGCUUUUUAUGUUAACUUAAUGCUAUUUAUAAAUAUUAAUAAUAUUGAUUGUUUGAUGUACUAUUGUGUGUUAUUCUUUUUAAUAUAGUAUUUUUGUCCAUUUCUAAUUUAGAAUAAUACAAUCUUAAUCAUCGUU